AGAAUCACUCAGGUGUGACGUUUAGGUAGGACGCGCUUCAAUACCUUAACGGUCGUGGGAUUAUUCAUACGAAUUUGUCAUCGCUUUUGAAUUACAGGAAGGGAGUUUCACAAUGUGAGUUUUCGUUUUCGAAUUUCUGCGAUCAUUUCGGAGUUUUUGUGAUAAUAUUCAUCUGUGUUGUAUUUUCAUGGACAAAUCCAGGUAGGCCAUACCUGGUUAUUGAUUCGUAAUUAACACUGGUUCGCUGUACUACAGUAUAAACACAUUCAAAAUGGCGGAUUCGGUACAGUUUACAAACACUACCUGUAUGUGUAGCAUUUUAAUAGUGACCAUCGUGUUUACUUUGUUACGUAGUGUGACAUCAGACUCUGUGACACCGGUUAUAGUGCCAUCUACAGCAGAGGUUGGAUAUAAAGUCUUAAAACUUGGUUGUUCUAAAUCAGACUUACAACUCAGAACCAAAGAUCCUUUUGGGGACUUUUAUGACAAUUUUGCCCUGACUGACACCGGUGAAUUGGUCCUCAGAAGGACGGUCCCUCACCUGGGAAGACAGGGGUACAAACUGACUGUCAUAACCCACAGUGGCUGUUACGAUAACGUCCCCACGAAAAGGACGUUUACGUUAGAUAUCUCUCCCCGUGAGACGGAUGUUUUCCCUGAUAGAGUGUACACAGGUUACAUACUGACCACCGAGAAAUCGGACUCAAUGGUCACCAACCUGUCCCGCAUCCAUGUGCAUAAAGUCCCACAACAAGAGUUUGUUUUACAGGGAUUUUAUUCCGAUUAUUUUAAAAUUCUGUCCAGUGAUGUAACUAAUGAAAUCCGAGUUGUUCUGCAAAAGGAAUUUCCUUCAGCGAUUUCCAAACGCGCGUGGUAUUUCAGCCUUUUAUCCAAAGUCGGUAGUGAAAUAACUGGACACGCAAAUGUCGAGAUUCUGCUUGUUGACAACCCUUACCCAAAACACGUCCAGUUACAAUCAAUGUCAGAGAAUAACCUGAGGUCACUUCACCUUACUGCCAAGUUUAAUCAAGAUCCGCCAAACAUUGUCCGUUCUCGUGUUCUUCGACGGAGACGGCAGACAAGCGGCACCAAGAAGCAAACUGUGCAGCUGCAAGAAAAUGCGACGGGGGUAAUUUUCACCGUGGAUUCUGGACAACCCCAAGGAACAAACAUUCAGUUUGAGAUCCGCGCCUCGACACCAGAAGACAUUUUUCUCAUUGACCGGAGUACUGGAGAAGUAACCUUAAAGUCCAAUGCUAAACUUGACUUUGAUUACAACGGAGUUAGAAAAUACGUCAUAAACAUUGACGUUAAACGGCAGGAAGACAGCACAGUUCUACAGCAGGUAGAAGUAACAGUCGAUGUGCUCAAUGUAAAUGAUGAGCCACCAAGAUUCAUCACCAAACCCACCCCAUAUCUGGCAGUGGUGGCUACUGAUGCCCAGGCUGGUGUGUCUGUUUUCCGGAUUGAGGCUGAAGAUGUAGAUGGAGGAACUGAUGCUGUCAAGUACUUCAAGGAGAGUGUGGGAAGCAGUCCAUAUUUUGAAGUAGGCCAGGAUACAGGCAUCAUCAGAACAACAGAGGCCAUCACCAGCGGCUUGGACUAUGUUAUCAAAGUGUAUGCCAUCGACUCUAAGGCAGAAAUUCAGCAAAAGACAGGCCCCGUCAACAUCAACAUACGUCGAGGACAGAGGGCGCCCCAGUUCUACUCCUCGUCGUAUGAAGCAUCUGUAGAAGAAUCUAACCAGGCGGAUCAGACGUUUCAGGCUAUUGAUGCAGAUGGAAACAAUGCGUCAAUCACAGCCAAGAAUUUCCAGGUGGGCGGGACCACCAAAUACUCAGUGUACGAGUCCCCCACUGCUAUAUCUACUAGGUUUGCAAUUGAGGAUGGGAUGGUCAAGACACUUAGGACAUUGGACUAUGAGAGUGACCAACAUAAGUUUGUCCUGACAGUCAGAGCAGAAGACACAAUUUCUGGACUUAGCAGUGAUGUAAAGCUGACAGUAAAUCUGCUGGACAGAAAUGAGUUCACGCCUCUCUUCAGUAAAUCCACUUUUACAACCACGGUAAAGGAAGACAUUCCAAGAGGAACCUCUGUCAUUGAAGUGUCUGCAUCUGACAAAGAUGGCAGUACAAUUCUGUCGUACACGGUGACUGACCCAAUUUUCUCAAUCACCACCACAGGGAAUGGACAAGUCGGGGUCAUUCAUACCAAUGGGACCCUUGAUUAUGACAGAAAAUUUCCUCAUUAUUAUGAAUUUAAAGUGAUUGCCUCAGACAAUGGUGUAGAGCCUCGAACGGCAGAGGCCCGGGUUAUCGUUACAACCAACAACACAAACGAUCAGGCCCCAGAGUUUGAUGACAAUAAGGUAGCUACUCUGAUGGGCAAUGCCCAGCCGGGCUCAACGGUCAUCAUUGUUCGAGCAGUGGACGAGGACGGGGACAAGGUCACUUAUAGUUUUGAUGGUGGACGGACAGUUAGUGACGUGUUUGAAAUUGACCCCGCUUCUGGGCGUAUAAGCCUAAGGGCUGGACAGUCGCCUCCAUCAGAUAGGGACCAGAUUUUCCUGAAUGUCACGGCUAAGGAUGAUGGUUCCUGCUGCGAUGGUCCAGGGAAAAUCCUGAGCAGUACGGCAACGAUUACAAUAAAUAUCGAAGAUGAGGAGAACGUCAAACCUCGAUUUGUGAAUUGUGCAUACACGCCAACUGUUACCGAGGAACAGGAUCCUGGUGUAUUGGUUCAGAAGGUGAGUGCAACGGACCCAAACCGAGGACAGAAUGGCAAGCUGGAGUAUUCCAUCACCAGCAUCAAGGAACUGGACGACUCUCAAGAAAAGAACUAUUUCAGUAUCAACUCCUCCACAGGGGAAAUCUACACACGAGAGAAACUGGACAGAGAGACGCAGUCAUCCAAGAAUCUGUUCAUCACCGUCAAAGUUCAGGACAAGGGAAGUAACCCUUUGGAUGAUUAUUGCACAUUUGCCGUCACAAUCCAGGAUAUCAAUGACAAUGAUCCAGAAUUUGGCACGUCGCGGUAUGAGGGUCGGGUUCUGAAAUCGGCUGCUGUAGGACAAAAAUUUCUGACGAUCAAAGCAACAGACAAAGACCUGGGAGAUAACGCCAACAUAAAAUACUCACUUAAAACCAACCCCAACGGCCUGUUCCAAGUAAACGUAGACACCGGAGACAUCGAAGUAGCCAAGUCCCUCCAGUCAGCGGGAUCCCAAAUCACUUUGGUUGCCACAGCAACAGACCAGGGUACUACACCACGAUCUACUGAUGUGAACAUCGAUAUUUCGGUGACCACAGACUCUGAUGUCCUGCCCCCAUUGUGGACCCCAUUAAACCCAACCUACACAGUGAAGGAGUCAGAGGGGGUGAACUUUGUGAUUGCUACCUUAACAGCCCAGAACCGCAUCACCAACAUCCCAGAUUCUUCAUUGAUUUUCAACAUGGUGAUCAACAACAAUGGGCAGACCGAGCUUUCAGACAGAACAGAGAAAUUCAUCAUCCUGAGCGGUGCAGACAGAGUUAACCUCACGAUACUGGAAAUCCUGGACUACGAAACUCAGAAAGAGUACACACUCAAUCUCCGUGCUUCAAACAUCUUCAACACACCCAUCAACAGCGACAAUUACCCCAAAAUAGUUGUACAAGAUGCCAAUGAUGAGAUUCCGAAAUUUCUCAACAUUGAUCCCCAGAAUGGAAACAUAGGCCUGAGUGUACUGGAGAAUGAGGCAGCGGGAACACCCGUGCAGAGCGUCAGCGCUAUUGAUGCUGAUGAAACAGAGGCCUUUAAAAAGGUGACGUAUGCCCUCCACCCUGAUGGUAGUACCACCACAGAUCAGUUUGCAAUCAACCCGACCACAGGUAUGAUCACGACUCGCGUCCAGUUUGAUCGGGAAUCCACGGAUUUCUACAUCAUGAAGGUCUUUGCUAUAGAUGGUGCUCCGUCUUCCAGAGACUCGUCUGGGGCUCACAACACAGGGUCGGCUGUGGUGAGGGUAUCCAUUAAAGAUGUAAAUGACAACAAUCCAUACUUUGAGGAGAGUCUUUACUUUGCCUCGGUCCGAGAGGACUCUUUUACUGGUCAGUCCAUCACAACUAUUGCAGCCAAAGACCCAGACGAGGCCACAUUCACAUAUUCCCUAUCCGGCUCGAGUCUCUUUGCUGUCAAAUCUGGAACGGGAGAAAUUUAUGUAGCAGGAAAUCUGGACUAUGAGACUGAACCUAAUGUGUACAACGUCACUCUUGUGGUGAAUGAUGGGAAAUUCAGCAAUCAGACAACGGUACAAAUCACUAUUAUUGACACAAAUGACAACUCUCCCAAGUUUGAGCAGAACACCUAUGCAAUCCGAACCCUGGAGGAAGGAAAAGUGUAUAACCAAGUUCUCAUUACUGUUCGUGCUACAGACCCUGACAUACACAGAAAUCCUAGGAAUGAAAUCGAGUACUCCUUGUCUCAGGAUGAUGCGGUCAUUAACAGUCUCUUCACCAUCAACAAAAAUACAGGUGCAAUAUCCAUUAAUGGGGAGCUGGAUCGCGACAAACCAAAUGGUCGAGAGGUAUACCAAUUUACUGUUCUAGCGAUUGACGAGCCUACAGCGGAUUCGCACUUGACUGGUUAUGCAACGGUCCAGGUAUUUCCACUGGACAUCAAUGACAACAGUCCCCAGUUUGAUCCUAACUCUCUGAUUGGCGUUGUCAAUGAAAUGUCGGCACCAGAUGUUUUGGUGAUGACGAUUAGCGCCACUGAUAAUGAUGACGGGGACAAUGCCAAAGUCAGCUACGCCAUCACCGCGGGAACACAGCUGCCACGCGAGGCGUUCCGAAUCAACGAGAACACAGGGGAGGUGUAUACCACAGUUUCCGAUUUGGACCGUGAGAAACACCCAGUGUACACGUUCACAGUUGUUGCUAAGGAUGCUGGAGCUCCUACAUCGCUGUCAACCACUGCCACGGCAACAGUAAACAUCAAGGACAUUAACGACAAUGAACCGGUGUUUGAGGAGAAUAUCUACCGCAUAACGAUUCCAGAGACCCAGGAGGGGCUUAUCAUCACUAUAAGGGCAAAUGACCUUGACAUAGAUGACACCCUGACCUAUAGCCUGAUUGGUCCCAAUGACAGAACACAUUUCCAGAUCACAGUUGAUGGACGCGAUGGGCGCCUGGAAGUGUAUACUAGACCUGACUAUGAGACUCCGGCCCAGAGGUUCUUUAAUCUGACAGUUCAAGUCAGCGAUGGUAAAUUUACCGACAUCACAUACAUCGAGAUCACGGUAGAAGAUGUGAACGAUGAAAUCCCGAUUAUCACGCCACAAAAUGUAGAAAUUAACCGAAUGGAGAAUGUCGCUAUCGGAGAUAUCCUGGCUAAUUUUGUGGCUUCUGAUCGGGACGAAGGCAUCAACGGGUUGUUUGACUUCUAUGUUUCUCGAAAACCAAUAAGUGAAAAACCAGACUACUACUUCAGGAUUAUGCAGACUAAUGAAAAUGGCACGGUUAUCCUGAAAAAUUCCCUGGACCAUGAGACAAUAACCAGACACAUUGUUAGAAUUCUGGUCAUUGAUAGAGGAAUCCCACCAAAUACUGGUACCGCCACUCUGACGAUAAACGUAGGGGAUAUUAAUGAUGAGGACCCGACCUUCAUGGCUCGCCCUGAGCCCAAGGUCAUGGAGGGCAGUCCUCCCAAGCAGGUGACAGUGCUUUAUGGAGUCGAUCCGGAUGGUAGUCCAUAUGGGGGCCCUUUCACCUUUAAUUUGGACUGUGCAAACUCCAUUUGCAACAAGUUCUCAUUGCAGGAAAAUCCUUCUGGAGAUAAUGGCAAUGGUAUUGCCACAAUCAGAUCACUAGUGAAAUUUGACCGAGAGGAACAGAAGUUUUACUACCUCCCGAUCGUGAUGACGGACAUGAGAGGUCAUCCAGAUCAACCAACGCUCGGUCGAACCGCAACCAGUACACUGACAAUUGAGAUCGGGGAUGAGAAUGACAACCCACACUCGCCAGCUCAUCAGAAUAUCCAUGUGUAUAAUUAUAAAGGGUUAUUUGGUAACAUUGACAUCGGCCAAGUGUCCGAUACAGACUUGGAUGAUGAUGAUUUAGAUGAUAAAACAUUCACUCUUCUGGGUCCAGUGCAAGGCUUGAUGUAUUUUACUGUUAACAAGGAUUCGGGAAUGAUCCGAAUGCUGGAGCAUGUUCCCCCCACUAGAACGGGCUACCCACUGCAGGUCAAAAUCUUUGACAGGGUGUUCAGCAAUCUUAACGUUGUCUCCACGGUAACAGUCUACAUCACUGAGUUACCAGAGGAGGCGCCAUAUAUGUCGGGAUCAGUCAGACUUACAGGUACCACACCGGAGGAAUUCAUUAAAAAACCUUCCAAUGGAGAGAGUCCGUACACAAAGUUCCGACUGCGGAUGAAGGACAAGCUGGGGGUUCCAUCAAUUGACAACGUCCAGAUAAUCUCUGUUUUAAAGUCCACUGUCGAUGACGUGGAUUACACAGAUGCAAGAUUUGCUGCUUACGGAUCUCCAUAUUUCCAGGGAAGUCAGUUAGACGGAAUCGUGAACCAGUACAGAAAUGAGUUUCAACAAGACACCGGUGCCACCAUUGCUAUGGUUGGAAUUGAUAUGUGUUACCGCGAAAUCUGUGAAGGAGGAGGAUGUAACAAUAAACUGAUUGUAUACGACGAGCCAAACAUGGUGACAACUAAUGGACAGUCUGUGGUGGGCGUCAAAACCAGUGUUGUUGCUGAAUGUGCCUGUACGGUGUCAACCAAUGUCAAAUCCUGUACCCCAAACUACUGUUUGAACGGAGGGACUUGUAAAAUGAAUGCCUGGGAUGUGAUCAGCUGUGAGUGCUUGGCAGGAUUUGAUGGACCUCGCUGUCAGGUGACCAAGCAGGGCUUUGAUGGUACAGGGUAUGCCAUUUACGAACCUCUACAACAGUGUGAAAAUUCCCUCACCAGCAUCGAAAUCAUCACCACAAAGGCAGACGGUCUGAUCCUGUACAGCGGACCUGUAACGACUCUGGAUCCUAAUGCUCCUCAAGAUUUCAUGUACCUUCAGUUAGCCGGAGGUUAUCCAGAACUGGUAAUGGACCAUGGAUCAGGAAGCGUGACCUUGACCCUGAAUGGUAGGGACUCCAAGGGUGUUCUAAAAAUGAGUUCACUCAAUGAUGGAAAAUGGCACAAGAUUGAUAUCAGAAGGCAGGGCAAGUUUGUGACACUGACUGUGGAUCAUUGUCUGUCAGCUGACAGUCAGGAUGGUGAGAACCAGGACAGAACUGCCUGUGAGAAUAGUGGAUCCACUCGUGGAGAGCACAUCUUCCUGAACGUGAAUGCCCCAUUACAGAUGGGUGGGCGGUACAUCAGUCCCGCCUAUCCUGCUGGUGUCAGUAACCAGAAAUUCAAGGGCUGCGUACGAAACAUGAGACACAACGGGGAGUUGUAUAACCUCUACACCAAGAACUUUUAUCCCGGAAGUCGUGACGGCUGCCCGGAGGAGGACAAUGCCUGUGAAAGCCCAGCCAAUCAACCAAAGAAAUGUGGAGAAGAAGGAAAGUGUGAACUGGUGGCCCUCCCACAAUCCAUCCGCUGUAUCUGUAACCCAGGUUACCGCGGAACCACCUGUGAACUGAAGACCACUGAGAAGUUUUUCCAGACUCAGAGUUACAUGGACUGGAUGUUACAAAAGCAGUUCAUUGACAGCCUCGUCAGUAGGACAAUGGACAUCCAGCUGAUGUACAGGACACGUGACAAAAGUGGCAUGAUCUUCCACGUCACUGGCGAGGGCAUUGGAGAGUUCAUUAAACUAGAGAUUGUAGAGAAUGUAAUACAAGUCCUAUAUAACCUUGGAGAUGGGAACAAAGUCCUUCAGAUGGUCAAUGUGACUGCAGCAGAUGGAUAUUGGCACACCCUGUACUUCCGUCGUCAGGGACGAAGCAUUAUCCUAUCACAAGAUGGAGGUGAAGGCCCAUUGUAUGUAGAGACAACUGCUGACUCUAAAUAUCAGAGUCUCGUCGUCAAAAACACCCAGGUAUAUGCGGGAGCAGAGGUCAGCUAUGAACACUCAAAGACUAUUGAUCAGACUAAUCCCAAGGACCUGGAAAACUCCUGUUUAACUGACAUCCGUAUGGAUAUGAAAUGGUUCCCGGUGACUUCAGCAGAAAACAACCAGAAUUCUAACGUAAAGAUGGUGACGGAGACAAGGACAACGAAUGAUUGUAGUCGUGAUGACUGCAAUGGAAAUACGUGUGCAACAUAUGGGAAGAUUUGUUUCCCCUUGUGGGGUCUUCAUAAGUGUGUGUGCCCAGAACACCACCAAGAAAUUGGAGCUACCUGUGUGUUCAUUGACUACUGCCAGAACUCACCCUGUCACCACCAGGCAACCUGUGUCUCUGACAAAUCUAACGCUGAGCACGGCUAUUACUGUCGAUGUUCCCCCAACAUGGAGGGGCGAUUGUGUAACGUUUACAAAGAACCCGUUGUGUCUGAUGCUGGGAACUCGGACUGGGUCAUUGGACUGGUCAUCGGUCUGAUAAUCCUAGCCAUCAUUGUGGUGGUAAUUGUGGCUUUCCUCCUUGUGAAAAAACAAAGAAGGGCAGCUGAUCAGAAAAAUAUAAUGAAUUAUGAGAAAGAAGACUAUGACAUUCGUGAAAAUAUUGUUGAUUAUGACGAGGAUGGCGCAGGUGAGGAUGAUCACGAAGGUUAUGACAUAAAUCGCUUGAGAAAGCCGGCAGACAUGACACGGAUGGAUAAACCAAUCAUGGCCUCUCACAGUCGUCCUCUGAAAUCUGGCCAACCGGCAGGCACUAUUGGCAACUUUAUCACAGAUCGUCUUGACGAUGCAAAUGAUGACCCUGAUGCCCCGCCCCAUGACACGCUGCGUGAUUUCCAGUAUGAGGGGGAGGGAAGUGAUGCAGGCUCCCUGAGUUCGCUAAAUACGACGUCUUCCGGAGGAGAUCAAGACUACGAUUUCCUGAACGAAUGGGGACCAAAAUUCUCAAAAUUGGCAGACAUGUACAAUAAUUACGAUGAUGAUUCUGACUGAUGUGGAUAAAGUUGUGAAAUUUUUUUAUGUCUUAAUAAUUUGAUCAUAAUGAUGGUUCUUCAGCUAUGCCUGGAAAUAACAAGGAAGAAAAAAAUUGACUUAAAAACCAUCUGGCCAAAUGCAGAAAAUUUAUGAGUGAUUUUUACUUAUUGGAGAAUGUAUAUACAAAUCUGUAAAAGAUUAUGAAAAUCAAACUCAAUAAUAGCCCUUUGCGUACUCCAUAUUGUUAAUCAGAAAUUGAUUAAAUUUAAUUAUGCACCAUUUUGAAACUUUAGCUAGAAAAUACUCAUUUUUUUUUUUACACAUUAGUAUGAGAUUCAUAUUGAACACGACUCAAAAUCAAAUUUUUUUGUGUAAAUGUUUUAUACAAGGGUAUUUUUUUGUAUUGCAUAAUCCAUUGUAAAUGGAUGAAUUUAUGUUAUAUUUUUGUCUUAACCAGUCCAACUGUCUCUUAUGACACUAAUCUAUAUCGAGGUUUCCCAGUAUCCAUGUGUAAGUGAAGGUCAUGGGACUAGAUGUCAUUGUCAUGGUAACCUGCACAAUGUAAACAAACUGUGAUAACCAGGCAUUGUGUUUUUACCUGUGUAUAUAUCAGUAUCAGUGCUGUAUACAUUUUCUAUCACGACUCAUUGUAUGUGUAGUUUGUACAAAGGAAAAUAAAGGAUGUAUUUUCAUAUUCCGUUUUGUAAUGGGCCAUUGGCCAGCACAUAUAGCAUUGAUCAUGUCCAUUUGCAUUUGUCCUGGUAUGCAUGUAGCUUAUUUUCGAAGAUGGCUGAUUUCAUACAAACUUUAUUCAGAUGCAUCUUUACGCAAGCAUUUCCACCACGCCAAAAGUGUGUUUUGUCGCGUCUGUUUGACCUUGUUAUUCCAUAUUAAUGCAGACAAUUUUUACAGUUAAAUAAGGGUCAUUUUCUUCUGUAAGAAACUCAAAAAUACUCACAAAACAGAAAUGUUCACCUUUUACUCAACAUCUCUUUAUCUAUAGUGGGCCAUUGUGUUCUAUGGGGUUCUAAAGAGGUUAUUUUAAAAUACCAAGUACCGGUAUGUGAAAGCCAUGUGCGAAUGUGUUUAUCAGAUUAUGUACCUAUUCUUCCAAACAAGAUCAUUUCCUUGUCUUUGAGCAGCCUGUGAAUGAUUUCACAUUACUCAUAAACUAGCUGGGGUUGUGGUCACUUCUUUUUUCCAAUAGAAAUCCUCGCUUGGUUUGAGUUAGUACAUACGAUACCGUUUUCAGGAUACAUUCCAUUUAUCCAUAUCAAAGUUUUUUUUGUUGUAUAUUGUAUGUAAGUUUAUGCAAUUUUAUUGUCACACAAAAUGAUCACUGAUCUAGUUAAAAUGUCAUAAUAUAUUUCUAAUGUUUCAUAUCAUGUAAGUUAUUGUCAACAAAAAGUAUUUUAGAAAAUAAAUUUUUUUUCUAUGUAAUAAUAAA